AUGAAGCUCGCCAUCCAGGGGUGUAGCCAUGGCGAGCUCGAUGCGAUCUAUGCGUCGGUGCUGCGCAUCGAGCGCGAGCGCAGCAUCCACAUCGACGCGCUGCUGCUCUGCGGCGACUUCCAGGCGGUGCGCAACCCCGCCGAUCUGCAUGCGCUCUCGGUGCCGCCAAAGUACCGCCAGCUGGGCGAGUUCCACGCCUACUAUGCGGGGCGCAAGCUCGCACCCGUGCUCACGCUUGUCAUCGGGGGGAAUCACGAGGCGAGCAACUACAUGCACGAGCUCUACCACGGCGGCUGGCUUGCGCCCAACAUUUACUUUCUCGGCGCAGCCGGUGCGGUGGAGCUCAACGGACUGCUCGUCGCCGGUAUUUCGGGCAUCUACAAGAGCCAGGAUUAUCACAAGGGAAGGUACGAGAGGCUGCCGUACGAUGCCGGGUCGCUGCGCAGCUGCUACCAUACGCGCGAGUUCGACGUGCUCAGGCUCAGCGCCUUGGCGGCCGACAAGGUAGACAUCGUCAUGUCGCACGACUGGCCCAAUACGAUCGAGCAGUGGGGCGAUACACAGACGCUCAUCCGCAAGAAGCCAUUCUUCGAAAAGGAGAUCAGCACACAGAGCCUCGGAUCGCCACCGCUCAUGCAGCUGCUCCAACAGCUCAAGCCUGCCUUCUGGUUUUCGGCACACCUCCACGUCAAGUUCGCAGCCAUCUAUCCGCACGGCCGCACCGCUGCCGGCACACAGGAAGCACAAGCCAGCGAGAAUGCCAAUCCAGAGGCGCUUGAUAUUGAUCUCGACUUUGACGAGGAUUCCGCGGCCGCGGACGCGGCGGGCGUCGAGGACAAGCCAGCGUCGGUGAUGGACUCGGCGUCUGAAUCGGGCGUGACGCGCUUCCUGGCGCUGCACAAGUGUCUGUCGCACACGCCGUUCCUCCAGGUCAUCGAGCACGCCUCGCCGCUGGAUGACGAGCUGGCCGCACGCAAGGCUGCGGUGAACAACGAGCAGCGCGUCAUGCCGCGGCUUCGAUUCAGCCCACGCUGGCUUGCCAUCACUCGCGCGUUUCAUCCUCACCUCUCGCUCUCCUACCGCCAAGCUGCGCUGCCGGACCCUGCGCAGCCGGACUUCGCCGCACAGAUCCAAGCCGAACUGCGUGCGGUGGAUGAGCAUCUCGCCUCGCUCGCCCCGCGCGCGGGAAAACGAAAGCUGGACCAGCAAGAGGCGAGCGAUGAUCCACUCGACGUGUUUGGCGUGCAGCGCUUCGUGCGCACCGCACCCGCACUCCACGAGCCCGGUGGAGACGCCACCGGUCAACCGGCCUGGUACACAAACCCGCAAACCGAACAGUUCUGCGCCCUGGCGGGCAUUCCGAACAAGAUCAACCCGCGUCCCUACCAACAACCUCCCAUGCCCAACUUGGCCCCUCCGCCACAGGAUUGGACCGACCCCAACGCGCUUGCGAUUGACAUGGACGAUUUCGACUCACCGCAGGCAGAUGACGUUCUGCGGCUCGAUGAUGACGAGUCGCAAACACGCUGGAAAGAAGGCACAGGCUAA